UGUUGAAAAAAAACUCAGCGAAAGGUUGUCUCGAAGUUGUCGUCGUCGGUCUUUGUGUUUCGUAUCGUUUCGUUUCGUUUGUUCCCGUUGCGCGCAGACAAACAACCAACCAAAUUCAAAAUGUUUUAACGGAAAACAUUCAAAUUCGAAGAAGAACUCUAUCGCUUAAUUUAAUGCCAAAUAAAAUACGCAAGCAGCUUGUGCAUUUUCAUUAGCAUUACGCGUGUUCGUUUAGUUCGUCUGUUUUAAUUUAAAUAACGAAAUAAGAAAUAAUCCACUACCAUGGGUCUAUCGGAUAUACCAGCCAACUAUAUGCAGGGCAGCCAUCCGCACCUAACUCUCCAUCCGCAGCAGCAGCACCACCAGAAUCAGCAGCACUUGCAGCAUCUGCAACAGAUGCAGCAGCUGCACAACGCCAUGCCCACUCCCGCCCAGCAGGCCGCCCAGGUCCUGGCCAUGGAGUCCAACGAGCUGCUCAUGAGCACCAAGGACAAGCUCUCUAGCAAGAAGAAAAUGCACUUGCUCAAGAAGAUCAAGAAGCGCUUUGGAUUGGUUCGCCGCUCACCCUCUUCAUGUCCUGGCCCCAACAACCUGCCUCCGCUGCAAUUCCACUCCGUACAUGGCGACAACAUCCGAAUUUCAAGGGACGGAACCCUGGCCCGUCGCUUUGAGAGCUUCUGCAGGGCCAUCACCUUUUCAGCGCGUCCGGUUCGCAUCAACGAGAGGAUCUGCGUGAAGUUUGCUGAGAUCUCGAACAACUGGAACGGUGGAAUUCGCUUUGGAUUCACCAGCAACGAUCCUGUAACGCUGGAGGGAACGCUGCCCAAGUACGCCUGUCCGGAUCUGACCAACAGGCCUGGCUUCUGGGCCAAGGCUCUGCACGAGCAGUACUGCGAGAAGGACAACAUACUUUACUACUAUGUCAAUGGAGCUGGCGAUGUGAUCUAUGGUAUAAACAACGAGGAGAAGGGUGUGAUACUGACCGGCAUCGAUACGAGAAGCCUGCUGUGGACGGUGAUCGAUAUCUAUGGCAACUGCACGGGCAUUGAGUUUCUCGAUUCUCGCAUUUACAUGUACCAGCAGCAGCCAGCGGCUAUACCAAUGGCCACUGUGCCCGCCCAGCAACAGCAAAUGCCCCAGCCAGCUGCCAAUGCCUCCUCCGCCCUGAAUUCCCAUCACCCGCAUCAGCAGUCGAGGAGAUCCCUGCCAGGACACACUGCGGCCAUCGAGCACGAUCUGGAGCGCCAUGUGAUGCCGUCCCUGCAAUCCCUGCACUUGGCAGGAAACGGUGGAAGCGUGGCUAGCGUAGAACAGGCGGCCAUUGCUCAUGAUUUGGCCAAUGGACUGCCUCCUCUGCGCUACAAUGCCAACGGACGACUGAUUCCAGUGCCCUUCCACAACACCAAGGGCCGGAAUGUGCGGCUCUCGCAGGAUCGCUUUGUGGCUUCUCGUACGGAAUCUGACUUCUGCCAGGGAUAUGUGUUCACUGCCCGUCCCAUUCGCAUUGGUGAGAAGCUGAUUGUGCAGGUCCUGAAAACGGAACAGAUGUACGUGGGUGCCUUGGCUUUGGGUCUGACCUCCUGCAAUCCGGCCAUGUUGCAGCCCAAUGAUUUGCCCAAUGAUUCGGAUUUCCUGCUCGAUCGCCCCGAGUACUGGGUGGUGAGCAAGGAUAUUGCAGCUGCUCCUCAGCGCGGCGAUGAGAUUGCCUUCUUCGUGGCGCCCAACGGUGAAGUGAGCAUCAGCAAGAACAACGGACCAGCUGUGGUGGUGAUGCAUGUGGACCAGUCCCUCCAGCUGUGGGCCUUCCUGGAUGUCUACGGCUCGACGCAGUCUCUGAGGAUGUUCCGCCAGCAGUUACCCAACAUGGUUGCGUAUCCAUCGCAGCCGCAGGUCAAUGUGAAUGCCAGCAGCUCGUCCGCCUGCAACGCUGCCUCCACGUCCCGCAUGCUGCCCAUGACCGAGUCGAUGAGCAGUCUGAAUGCCGGAGCCACUGCCAAGCUGUUGCAUCAUCCCUCGCAGCUGAGCGUAGCCCAGAGUACGAGCACUUUGGCCUCAGCUGGCGGAGUCAAUGGCAGCCGCAUGAUCAGCAUGCCCUCCAACGGAGAUAUUCUCCAGAUCCAGCCGAAUGGUGGUGGCACCGUUCUGGUGGUCAACCUGCCACCUGCUAGCAGCUCGCACGAUAUAAACGGCCAACUCGCGGCCAGGCCAACGGCCACGGUAACCUCCAGCGGUGUUCUGGCCGGAGCCUGCUCCAGCGGCACCCUUAUCAGCACCACCAGCAGCCAGUACAUCGAGCAGCCCAUUGCCAAUAGCACAAAUAAUGCGGCCAACAAGUGGAAGGACAGCCUGAGCGACCAGCAGAGCACCGAUUCGAGUGCCGAAUGCACCAUCUGCUACGAGAAUCCCAUCGACUCGGUGCUGUACAUGUGCGGACACAUGUGCAUGUGCUACGACUGCGCCAUCGAGCAGUGGCGCGGAGUGGGUGGUGGCCAGUGCCCACUGUGCCGGGCGGUGAUCCGGGACGUCAUCCGCACCUACACCACGUAGAAAGGUCGCGGGCGUUUCCUAGCCAAGCAACAUUUACUCGCAAUCAAACCUACUAAAGCUACACAUUAUACCAUACACACAAGUUGUUGCAUUUUAAACGCAAUUGAGCGCAAAGAAUAUUAUAUUGGAGAGAUAGGCAUUAUUUUUGCAGACUAAAGAUUAGAUAGUUUACGCAGCUAGAUUAGUGUAUGAAACUAUCAACUAAUUUAUCACACGUAUGUUUAAUUUUUUUGUGAUGUUAUAAGUAAGUGCGCCCCAGAGCCAAAACUAUGUAUUGUUCAAUCCAACAAAGAUAUCUUCGUUUUUUCAAUUUUUUUCAAACCUUGAAUCGCCCAUUUGUGCGUUGUAUACUGAAAAACCAAAGUAUUGUAUAGGAGUUUAUAGUAUUUUGAAUUUAAAUUGGAAUUAAUUGAAAGUUGUUGCAAAUUUACUUAGUUUUUCUCUAUGUCUAAAUUCCAAACGAUGUGCAAAAUUAACAAACACAAACUACAAGGAUUCUUUAUUUGGCGAUUAAUCAUUUUGGUGCUAAAUGUUUUGAAAGGCAAAAUAAAAUUGUUAACGGAUUUGAAAAGUUAUGUUUAAGCUUGCAGCAACUACGAAUGACCUUAAUUUGAUAUGAAAUCACAAGAAGCAAAUAUUGACUACUUUCCAGCAAGGAAAUGGAUAUCGACGCAACUCAAAUAAGUUUGCAGCACAAAUUAAUGAACAAAGAUUGAUCAGAAAACACUUAUGCACGUAAACCAAAAUAGAAAACUGCAAGAGCGUGUUUGUUUAAAGUUAAUAUUAGUCUAGCCCUAAGUACUUAAGUUAAUUUCUAGUCAACGAAUUAUGCUGAAGUUAAAUCUAAACCGGACUUCAUCCAACAAAGACACCACAAAAAAGACGUAUUAAGCACGCUAAGCUAUUUUAAUGAAGCCGCAUUUUAAAUUACACUUAAGUAGUGCACGUAUUUUAAUGGAGACUUAAAUAUAUUUAACUAUAAACAUAGAACAAAAGACUUGUAUGUUGUACCAACAGCUUGAAUGAAAUAUGGAAAAUGGAAUGCCCAUCUAAAUAAACCAUGCAGUUAGAAAAUUGCCAAUAAUUAAUUAACAAUACCAAGCAGAUUUAACAUGAAGGACAAGCAAAGCGGAUAAAACUUUACCUAAGAUUGUAUUAAAACUGAAAAAAUGUAAUAAGCAAAGAACACAAAGAAAUAUGCGAAAUGGAAUAAAGCGCAAGCUUACUAUUUUGUUAUAAGAAUGCAUCCGGAUAGGAGUAAAUGAAGACAUGUUAUUGCCACUAAUAAUAAACUUUUAAUUUUUUAAAGAAUCAUAGUUCGUAAAAUUACGAUACUGCGCCUAGUUAUGACUAAACAUUUAAAUGUAUUUAUGAAAUUAUAUUUGAUAUAUGUAAGAAAACGCAAUGCUGUAAUACCAUUAAAUACUGACAACAAUAUCAGAAAC